AUGGGCUACUCAACCAAACUUUUCACCUCCUCCCUCCUCUUUGGCCUUCUGUUCAUUUCUGCUAAUGCAGCCACCUUUGACAUCCGCAACAACUGCCAGUACACUGUGUGGGCUGCAGCUUCACCUGGUGGUGGACGCCGCCUAGACCGCGGCCAAACUUGGAGGCUUAACGUGCCUGCUGGCACAUCCAUGGCUCGUAUUUGGGGCAGGACAAACUGUAACUUUGAUAGUAGUGGUAGGGGUCGCUGCCAAACUGGGGAUUGCACCGGUGGCCUAGUGUGCCAAGGUUGGGGUGUCCCUCCUAACACUCUAGCUGAAUAUGCGUUGAACCAGUUUGGUAACAUGGAUUUCUAUGACAUAUCACUUGUUGAUGGCUUCAAUAUCCCUAUGGAGUUUGGCCCAACAUCAGGUGGCGGAGGGAAGUGUCAAGCACUUGUUUGUGCAGCAGACAUCAAUGGCCAAUGUCCUAAUGAAUUGAGGACUCCUGGUGGGUGUAAUAACCCUUGUACUGUGUUUAAGACUAAUGAAUAUUGCUGCACUCAGGGGCAAGGGAGCUGUAGUCCUACCAAAUUUUCAAGGUUUUUUAAGGGUAAAUGCCCUACUGCUUAUAGUUAUCCCCAAGAUGAUCCUUCCAGCACAUUUACAUGCCCUGGUGGGACUAACUACAGGGUUGUCUUCUGCCCUAGGGGGUCUCCUCAUUUCCCCUUGGAGAUGCCUGGAAACAAGAACGUAGAGUAA